AUGGAACUGACGAAACAGCAGCAAAAGAUGGAGUUAAGGCUCAUUUACUACUAUAGCUACAAGGUGGAUGGGAGUUAUUGCUAUUACGAGUUCAAAGGAACAAUUCUACCAAAUGCAGAUACUAGUCUUUUCAAGCCACCAUUAAUAAGGAGGGAGUGGUGCUUUGAGCCGGUCAGAGCUGUUGAAACAGCUAAGAAAUCUAAGAUUUCGAGGACAUCCAUAAAUCCCAGUCCAUUCAAGCCAACAACUACAUUAAAUGAAGAAGGCGAAGGAGAAGGAAACGAAGUGAGAAGUAUAAAGUGGCAUACCCUAUUCUCUAUCAGAAGUGCAUCUUCUCCCAGCUUUCUCCUCUGUUGUGAGCAAACUGAAACCCCCCUCUGUCGAGAGCGAGCUAAACCUGUGAGGGAAAUUACAAAAAAUAUGAGUGUUCACGAUUUGAUCAAUCAGGCAGGAGAAUGGGAUCUCGAUAUGGUACCGGAUGAAGAGAGACUGAACAACCGCUUCUCUCUGGUUGUCAAGGUUUUCUCGGAGCGAAGUGUUAGCCUAAGGGCUGUUAGAGGCAUGAUAAGAGCAGCUUGGGUGGACAACCCUAAGCCAAAAGUCCAAGAGAUGCCUAACAUCCAACCUGUCUAUGAGAAUAUUUUCACUCUUGAUUUUGAGAAGAAGGAAGAGAUGGAGGCAAUAUGGCUAGAACGUCCCUGCCCCAUAUCUGGUACUCUUAUGCAAGUUAAGAAACUGUCUGGCCUUGAGACAGCGAGGGAGACCAGCUUCAGGAUGGUCGAUUUCUGGGUUCAAAUUCACAACCUCCCGGAAGCCUAUCGAACGGAGAGCAACAUCGCAAUGGUGAGCAGAAUGUUCCACCAAGUGAUCGACAUUGAUCGUGCAGCCCUGCAAUCACAAAUUUACAGGAAGUACGUGAGGGUUUUUGUUCAGGUGGACACCUCGAAACCAAUCCCUGAUGGUUUCUACAUCCGCCAGCAACAGAAAAGGGUUUGGAUUGAUUUCAAGUAUGAGAAGCUGUUCUCUUUGUGCUAUUACUGUGGGGGAUUAGAGCAUACCAGAUUGGAGUGUGAUCGAAGGCGAGCUGAUGAGGAGAAUGGGGUUCCGCUGCCAGAGGUCCAGAGAUGGGGACCAUGGACGAGGGCAAACUCACCCCUCUUCUCGCCUCGGACGAACCAACAACUGGAGGUCGACGCGGCCUUGAUCAGGGAUGCAGCGUCAUCUUCGGAGUCUCCAGGCGGCGGCCAGGUCCAAUCGCCGGCAACCCCUAUGACCGGAGCAACCCAACAGACCAGCCAUAUGGUCCCACAUACUGUGGGAUUGAUGACUGCUGCAAAUCAAUCUCCCCUGUCCAGCUUUGCCCAGAACUUCCCCCUUUCUCCGCCAGCAGGUGUGUUCACUAAUCAAAACCCUAUCUCACCAUCUCCCCAAAGCUACCCAUCCCUCCCCUUUAACCUCUCGGUGUUUGCUUCCCCACCCCAAGGAGAUUCUGUGGCCAGGAAUCUGUUCGGCUACCCACAAUCACCUCUGUCAGCCCUACCGUACCAACCAAAUACAACCUACCCAUUCCCUUCUGCAGGCUUCGGGUUUCCCAGCCCAAGCCCAAUUCCACUACAAGCCCAGAACCACUACACCUUUAAUCACAAUUACUUCAACCCCAGCCCAAAUCGAGCCCACCUCCCUGGUCGCUACCAAUCACAAAGACGAGGCAAAAAUGAAGGAAUGAGCCCAGGAACCCAGAAAAAGAAAAGGAAGACAGCUGGUCUUCUCAAUGAAGGAGUUCAGGAACAUGAAGCAGAGUUUUCCCUAGCCAUUCGAGGAACUUCAGAAGGAAAGAAUGAUGGAGGCGAAGAUGUUGUUUUCCCGCCUGGUUUUGAACCAAAUCUUGCUGUGGUUAUGGUGGCCGAUUCCAAGCCACCAGAGGCUCCAUGA